UCCUCUCUGGUCUCUUUCCUGCACUAGAAGCCAUGGCUGCUGCAAAUCCAGCAAAAACUCUCCAGGAUGAAGUGACCUGUCCCAUCUGUCUGGAGUAUUUUAAAGAUCCGGUGUCUCUAGACUGUGAUCACAGUUUCUGCCGAGCCUGCAUCACCCAGUGCUGGGAGGGAUUCGAUACAGACGUCUCCUGCCCUCAGUGCAGAGAGAUCUUUCCCCAGAGGAACCUCAGGCCAAACAGGCAGCUCAGGAAUAUUGUGGAAGCAGCUAGAGAACUCAGGUUGCAGACAGUGAAGGAACCAGAGAGACUGUGUGAGAAACACAAGGAGCCUCUAAAACUGUUCUGCAAAGAGGAUGAAAUCCCCAUCUGCCUGGUGUGUGACAGAUCCAAACAACACAGAGAUCACACCGUCAUUCCUGCAGAGGAAGCUGCUGAAGAAUUCAAGGAAAAGAUUCAGGCCCAUUUGCAGACUCUGAGGGAAGAGAGAGAAAAGCUGCUGGGAUGUAAAGUGAGCAGAGAGAAGAGAAGCCAGGAAUAUCUGAGAAAGACACAAACCGAGAGGCAGAAGAUUGUGUCUGAAUUUCAGCAACUGCAGCACUUCCUGGAGGAACAAGAGCGACUCCUGCUGGCCCAGCUGGAGAAGCUGGAUGAGGAGAUUGAGGAAAUAGAGAAUGAAAAUGCCACUAAACUCUCCAAGCAGAUUUCCUGUCUCAGUGAGCUGAUCAGUGAGAUGGAGGGGAAGUGUCAGAAGCCAGCGAGUGAAUUCCUGCAGGAUGUCAGAAGCACCCUGAGCAGGUGUGAGAAAGGGAAGUUCCAGCAGCCAGUGGAGAUUUCUCCUAAACAGGAUAAGAGACUCAGUGAUUUCUCCCAGAAAACUGUUGCUCUAAUGGAGACUCUGAGGAAGUUCAAAGUCUGGGCACAUGGGAUGUGGGGAAGAAGAAAGCGCCUCCCCUACGGAGACGGAUUUCUCCAGCACAGAAGCCUCUUCUGCCUCCUCCACAGCAGGUGCAGGCACAAGGGAGGACGAAGUCUCCGUCAUCCUGCUCUCUGUAGAGACUAUAGGCAAACAGACCCAACAGCUCACAAUCAGAGCCAGGAUUUAGCAAACUCUGAAAAUCCUGUUAGUGUCAAAGGGACCCAAGUGGACACUCUGCCGUCUGCACUGGAGACAAGAAGAGGGGAACCUGUAGGAGCACACAGACAGGCGAAUGUGACUCUGGAUCCAGACACGGCUCAUCCCCAACUCGUCCUGUCUGAAGAUCAGAAAAGUGUGAGACUGGGAGACACACGGCAGCGACUGCCCAACAAUCCUGAGAGAUUUGACGCUGUGCGCUAUGUGCUGGCCUGUGAGGGAUUCACCUCGGGGAGACAUUGCUGGGAGGUGGAGGUGGGGGAUGGGCGAUUCUGGGCUGUGGGGGUGGCCAGAGAGUCUGUGAGGAGGAAGGGAGAGAUCAGCCGUAGCCCUGAGGAGGGGAUCUGGGCUGUGGAGCGGUGGCUGGGUCAGUUCCUGGCUCUCACCUCCCCUGUGACCCCCCUGCCCCUGAGUCGGGCCCCCAGCAGGAUCCGGGUUUGUCUGGACUGUGACUGGGGGCAGGUGACAUUUAUCGAUGCUGGUGACAACGCCCCGAUCUUCACUUUCCCGCUGGGCUCUGUCUCUGGGGUGAGAAUCCGACCCUGGCUCUGGGUGGGGGGAUCCCGGCUCAGACUGAAGCUGUCGUGGCAGCAGGAAACCCCCUUGGUGGCCGCAUUUGAGAAACGUUAUAACGACAAAAAGAGCUGGUGUGGACAGCGCUACAUCGGCGAGAGCCACGCUGCCGAAGGAAGUGAAACUAAACUCCUCUCUGGUCUCUUUCCUGCACUAGAAGCCAUGGCUGCUGCACAUCCAGCAAAAACUCUCCAGGAUGAAAUCACCUGUACCCUCUGUCUGGAGUAUUUUAAAGAUCCGGUGUCUCUAGACUGUGAUCACAGUUUCUGCCGAGCCUGCAUCACCCAGUGCUGGGAGGGAUUCGAUACAGACGUCUCCUGCCCGGAAUGCGGAAAGCUCUUUCCCCAGAGGAACCUCAGGCUGAACAGGCAGCUCAGGAAUGUUGUGGAAGCAGCCAGAGAACUCAGGUUGCAGACAGGGAAAGAACCAGAACCAGAGAGACUGUGUGAGAAACACAAGGAGCCUCUAAAACUGUUCUGCAAAGAGGAUGAAAUCCCCAUCUGCCUGGUGUGUGACAGAUCCAAGCAGCACAGAGAUCACACCGUCAUUCCUGCAGAGGAAGCUGCCGAAGAAUUCAAGGAAAAGAUUCAGGCCCAUUUGCAGACUCUGAGGGAAGAGAGAGAAAAGCUGCUGGGAUGUAAAGUGAGCGGAGAGAAGAGAAAACAGGAAUAUCUAAGAAAGACACAAACCGAGAGGCAGAAGAUUGUGUCUGAAUUUCAGCAACUGCGGCACUUCCUGGAGGAACAAGAGCGGCUCCUGCUGGCUCAGCUGGAAAAGCUGGACAAGGAGAUUGAGAAAAUACAGAAUGAAAAUGCCACUAAACUCUCCAAGCAGAUUUCCCAUCUCAGUGAGCUGAUCAGUGAGCUGGAGGGGAAGUGUCAGAAGCCAGCGAGUGAAUUCCUGCAGGAUGUCAGAAGCACCCUGAGCAGGUGUGAGAAAGGAAAGUUCCAGCAGCCACUGGAGAUUUCUCCUAAACAGGAUAACAGACUCAGUGAUUUCUCCCAGAAAACUGUUGCUCUAAUGGAGACUCUGAGGAAGUUCAAAGACACUCUGCCGUUUGCACUGGAGACAAGAAGAGGGGAAUCCCUAGGAACAUUUAGACAGGCAAAUGUGACUCUGGAUCCAGACACGGCUCAUCCAGAACUCGUCCUGUCUGAGGACUGGAAAAGUGUGAGACGGGGAAACACAGGGCAGGAUCUACCCAAGAACCUUGAGAGAUUUGACACUGAGCCCUGUGUGCUGGGCUGGGAGGGAUUCACCUCGGGGAGACACUGCUGGGAGGUGGAAGUGGUUGCUGGGCGAUGCUGGGCUGUGGGGGUGGCCAGAGAGUCUGUGAGGAGAAAGGGACAGAUCAGUCGUAGCCCUGAGGGGGGGAUCUGGGCUGUGGGGCAGUGGGGGAGUCACUUCCAAGCACUCACUUCCCCUGUGACCCCCCUGCCCCUGAGCCGGUUCCCCAGCAGGAUCUGGGUUUGUCUGGACUGUGACCGGGGGCAGGUAACAUUUAUCAAUGCUGAUGACGAGGCCCCGAUCUUCACUUUCCUGCUGGGGUCUGUUCCCGGGGAGAGAAUCCAACCCUGGCUCCAAGUGCUGGGACCAGGAUCUGGGCUCAGAUUGUGUGCCUGAGACAGGGCGGGGGCAUCGAAAUAAACCUAGGUAUCCUGAAAUCAGCCCUGCAAACUUCAGAAACCAUAUUCUCUAUGACCCUGGAGGACUCCUGUCUUCCUGCAGACUUUCUACUGCACAGUCUCUAUGACUCUGUGUGCUCAGUGGGGGUGGGGUGGGGAUGGUCUCUGGGGACUGUCAAACCAUAGAAAGCAGGAAGUGAUUGAAAUGGAGAAGCCAAUCUCACUACUCCAGGGAUUGUGCAGCCUCUUAGUCACUGUCCUCUAUGGUCCAGGAGGACUCAGGAUCCUGGGUCAGACAGUGCCACUGAGACAAUGGAGAGGGGGAGGGGAGAAACAGCCAUGAAAAUAUGGGCUUUUCUAGCCACAGUCAUCGUAAUCUCUAAGAUGCUGGAGGACUCCCAUCUACCCAGCCUCUGGCCCAGUCUCAGUGUCACCAGGAAGCUCCUCCCCCUGCUCUCCCUGUAGCACCAGCGAUGGGAGGGGGAGGGGGAAGAGCCCCUGGAGCUGCAGGAGGAGCAGAGGGGCCCUGAGGGGCAGAGGUGGGGGCUGCAGGGUCAGAACUGAAGGAGGGGCUGGGG